UAUAUAUAUAUAUAUAUAUAUAUAUAUAUAUUUUGUUUUUUAUGUACAGAGUUGGUUCAAAGACCGUUCAACUACAAAUACUGGUUCUCUGAAUAAUUUGUUAGUUGCGACUGUCAAAGCCUUUAGACAAAGUCCGUCGCACAUUUACUUAGAGGGUUAAAACAUGACUGAAGGCGCACUGUUGUUUUUAACUUGACGCGACAUCUUAAAAAAAAGCGCUCGUAGUAAAAUAAACAGAGGUAGAAAAAACACACUAGACGCAAGGUGCGCGUCGAACAUUUAAAAGAAAGUAAGAAAAAAAAGGAAGGCAAGAACGCGGCGUGUGUACGGCUCUUAAGUCAAGACCAAAUGAAGAGGAGAACUUGUGAAUUUGAGAGGGCGCUAAAAAGGACGCGCGCGAGUGAGAGAGAGAGAGAGAGAGAGAGAGAGAGAGAGAGAGAGAGAGAGAUGGAAAACUCAGCUUGAGCUCUUCUUUCACUCUCCUUGAGGAAGCGCGCGGAACUCGAGACGCUCUUCUGCCCAAUUUACCGAAGACACCGGUCAUGCGAGCGACGUCGCUUAAUUUCCUGAUCUCGGGAGUCGAUCGGCUUUGAACCUUCGAUUUUCUCUUCGAUGGCGCCCAGGACGAGCGCGUCGACUCUCGGGCUCGCGAGGAGACUGUAGCGGUGAUCUGGUCAUGGCGUUUCCUCAGGGAUACUUGUAUCAGUCGUCGCUGUCUCUGUACUCGUGUCCUCCUCCGUACGGCUCCAGUGCGAUCACCGGACCGCGGACGGAUGAUCUGGGACGGUCCUCUAGCGGAUCCGCUUUCGCCCCGUACGCGUCCACAGCCUUCACAAACACCACAGCCUUCAACUCACUCCAGUACAGCCCCGAACCCACAGCCCCCUUCACUUCCUACGGGGGCUCCCCAUAUGACACCUCUCCAGGCAUGACUGGCUCUAUAGGCUAUCACCCUUACGCCGGUCCCCUGGGCCCGUACCCGUUUGGAGACCCCGCUUACCGGAAGAACGCCACACGAGACGCCACCGCCACCCUGAAGGCCUGGCUCAGCGAACACCGGAAAAACCCCUACCCCACCAAAGGAGAAAAAAUCAUGCUGGCCAUCAUCACCAAGAUGACCCUCACUCAGGUGUCCACCUGGUUCGCCAACGCCCGCAGAAGACUGAAAAAAGAGAAUAAAAUGACUUGGACGCCACGGAACCGGAGCGAGGACGAAGAUGAGGAGGACAGCAUCGAUUUGGAGAAAAACGACGAGGACGACGAGCCGCUCAAAACAGCCGAAACGACACAGACGACCAAAGAUUUAGUUGUCGACGACUGCUCGGAAAGACGCGCGGAGGAUCAGGACGCGGCGGACAGCGUCGUCAUCGACGGCGGAGAAGAAGAAGAGGAGCACCGGACAGACUCCCCGGCGCCCGCGACCUCCUCUCCCCGAGACGACACCGAGAACCGCAAACCCACGUCCGUCAUUCACUCCGCGAACCCGACCCCCAAACCCAAACUCUGGUCGCUGGCCGAAAUCGCGACGUCGGAUAAGAGGAGCGGCGAAGCGUCCCGGCCACCGGGAGCGUUAUCUCCCGCCGGGUCGCCGCCGCAGUGCCCCUUCCCCCCCAGACACUUAUACUACGCGUCUCCUUUCUACGCGGGCUUCACGAACUACGGCGCUUUCGGAAACCUGAGCGCCUCGAGCCCGGCGCAUCUGAGCGGGAUUAACCAGGCCGCGUUACACAGGGCGAGAGACGGCAAACUGACUCUGGAGAUGUGCAAAGAACUCGCCUUCGAGCACAAGAGGGCGAAUAUUUAAGUGUUUCUGUUUAUCAUCUCUUUACCGAAACGUAGGACGAACGGCAACUGUACUGAACUUUCCACGAAGCAUAAAACGUUUUUAUAUACAUAUAUAUAAAGAACAUCCUUUUCUUAACACGUUUAUUGUGAGCUAUCCGUGCAAGAGGCCAAAGCACUUAAAAUGAUUUCCUUAAUGGACCUUCACUCUUCACUGCUGUCUACUCGGACCAUUUUUUCAAGCAGUUUGGCAAUGCUUAUUCUAGAAUCGGUGGUUUUGUUUGUGGAUAGUAAUCAUGCACAGGUUAAACUUAAAAAACAAACAAAAAAAAUAUAUAUACACACGCAUAAAUCGAACCCGUUUUGUUAAGAAAUGUCGAAAUACGUGAGAGUUUUAUUAUGCUUGAAGAGGAACUAUAUUGGGGUUCUCUGCCUGGUCUGAAGACACCAGUCAAAGGAAAUUUAGCGCCUUUAUAGUUACUGCAACCGAGAUAUUCUUUACACGUAUUUUGACCCAAUGUGGAUUAUUUUAUCAUCUGUUCUUUGCCAGAACGGUGUGCAGUGCCUUCCUGAUUUGCUCACAACUGUUCUACACCUAAAGAAAACGCUCGAUAACUGCAACACUCGCCUCCUGGGCAUAAUACGCCGGAUAAAUUGUAAAUUUAAAUAGCACAAGUCAACAUUUAUCGCAGGGGGAUUAUAGGACAGUGCACUUAAGUGGAGGAGAUAUUAAAUUCACGCUCCAUAAAGCAUCUUCUCAUGAAACGCGUGUUGCUUUUUUUUUUUUUUUUUUUUUUCCUGCGGUGCGCGGAAACAGCGAGGGGCUAAAAAUGUUCAAAGAGCACUUUAAAAGGUAUUAAACGUGUAAAUUCGAAAUUUAGUAAACUCUUUGCAAGAAAGACGGGAUUACCACAGAUCCUCCAUUCCUGCUCGAAUAGCGGAGUCCGGCAUCAACAAACAUCAGAGAAAGCGACUCGGGGCCCCCGUGGCUUACAGGGGUAAUACAACGUUCUCGUACACAAAACCGUGAAAAGAGGCCGCGAGGACUUGAAAAGCUCUCUAAUCCCUCCGGUAAAUUCUAAAGUUCGGGUAUAUGUUUAUACUCGGCGCAACGCUAUUUCACAAUUCACUGAAUUCAAAGCUUUGUGAGCGAAGAAGCCCCGGCGAAGCUAUCCAAACUAUCCAAUCAUCUUGUGACCAAUGUCACAUUCAACGCAGCCAUUUUAUCUUUUUUAUUGCCAAACAAGGGGGUUCGGGGGCUGCUAGAAAUGAGUUUUCUAGACGCGCAGACACAAAAUAUCUCUAGUAAUCGCUGUAAAAUGGGCUCUGAAUGCAGCCGAUGCAUCCGUUCCCAAAUAUCUUUCCUCUAGUUCUGCUGUCGUGAGUGCGUUUUAAUGCACAACUUUAAAACCCUCUUCGACUUGGCGAGGUUUGGAAACCCCAACUGGGCAUCACGGGCAAUUAAAGGCGCGAUGACUUCGAACCCGGUUUGCAGAUAAAACGAUAAAAUAAACCGAAGCAAAAUGAUACGUGCCAAACAUAAUGAAAUGUUUGGCAAAGUGUCACACUUUUCCGUAUGUUUCAAUUGUGGACAGUUAGAGAGAGAGGAGUGUGAAAAGCUCUAUUCCACACCCCAAUCGAUAUAGGCGGGCCGUUUUUGAAGCGCGCACGCUUUCGCUCUUAACUAAAGACUAUGUAAGGCUUUUAAAAGCAUUGAUUUGGAGCAGAUCGAUGGGGUCUGAAGGAGUGUUUUCCUGCAUAGUGAGAAGGCACUAACAGGCCUCUGAUGAGCCAGACAGCUCGAGCCAAACUGUGGGUCACUUACUUGCUUGAUUGAGUUAAAUCACAGAAUUUCAAAUCAGAAACUGUUUUUUUUUAUAUAUUUACCUGGGUGUUGACAUAUAUUGAAUGCUUUAGGUUUGAUAGAGCAUCUGAAAUAUUUCGAAUGUGUCAUAUAACGCAUAUAAGUGGUUCUGAACUGGUGGGUCGUGACCCAAAAAACGGGUCGCAGGACCAACAGAAGUGGAAAAAAGGCUAAUGUGAAUUUAAACGAAACUGGCCAGCUGAGGACAUGAAUAAGUCCCCUAUGUUGUGUGCACUUCCCAAUCAAAUUCAUUUGUCAUUUGGUAUAAAUUAGUCAAACGAUACAGAUGGUAAUAAAAUCACUUGCAUUUAUAAUAAAUGGUUCGUACAAUUGGGUCCAAUACAUCAUUUUUGAUUC